AUGCUCAACUCCAAUCACUUGACACAAGGUAAUACCUAUGAAGUACCUCCUCGGUUAUUCUCAUUUUCCUCUAAAUCAAUAGCCACUGAUAAUUCAACAACAAAUACAGUAACCACUAAUGAUUCGUGUCAAUUAUAUGGCGACAAUAUAAGUGCCGUUGUGAAUCAUCAUAAUGAACAACCUCAUGCUGUUGAUUUCGAACAUUCAGAUCCAUUCGAGAUAGCACGACGACAGAAAUUCGAUUUGACUAUUCCAACAGAAAACGAAAAGCCAGACAAAAAACUUGACUUGAAAAGAAAAUCUUUUGCAAUUGUCUGCCGUACGAAUAUGACAAUGGGCAAUUACAUUGAAGAUGGAAAGUUUCAAUCAGUUAGAUCACGUGUCGGCAUAAAAUGGUCCAAAACACUUCAAAAUAAAUGCAAAGCAACAAAAAAACAAUCUAAAAAGCAAAGUCAACAAAUAUCGAAACAAGUGGUCGAUGAUUUCAUAUCAAAUAUGAAGGCAUCCAUCGAAGAUGGCAUCGAUCGUGCUAAAAAAGACAGUCGGAUUGAAUGUGCAGAUGAACGAAACAGGUUAGUGUUAUAGCCAUCAAAUUAAUAUACAAAUAUAAAAGAACUAAGAUAAAUGUCUUCUUGUUUUCACGUAAUAUUUAUAGACUUUUGGCGAUAUUUAAUUCUCUUCAUUCAGUGUUACAAACUGCCGCCAAUAAGUGAUCGUAUUGUUUGGAUCAACCUGAUCAAGUACAUCACUGGAACGAUCAACACGCUUUUUUUGUCAUUUUUCUUAAUCUUUUUUUACGUUUUCUUAGAUCAGUUCUAGUGUUAGUUUUGUUUUCGUGUUUUUUUUCCAUAUGUCCAUUUUAUUAUAAUAUAUCAAAACUAUAAUUCAAUGUGACACAAAAAGAAGAAUGUUUUGCACCUAGUUAGUACUACUGUGGCCAUUGGAUCAUUAUCAAAUCAUCGCUUGUAUCUGAAUUAGAUGUAGUAUAUGUAUUAUUUGAGCUCGAUACUCAUGAAGCAGGAGGAUACUCUAUCACAGUACCAUAUUCCUUUUCUUUUGUCUAAGGAGAGACAGAAAGAAUUGCUUUCAUAAAAUCUAUGAAGUUUCAUUACAAUUUGUAAUUCUUUCCUUUGUCAAGAACUAAUUCUCCUCCUUAUUCAACUGGCUUCGUAUUAUGACAUGGCAAAGUUCAUCAUCAUCAUCAGUCGACUGCAAACAAGCGUGGUUUACAGGCGAUAACAAUAUCGUGCCAACGCUUCCGGUUUGCAGCAACUUUUCUGAUCUCGUCGGAGGUUGGUGGUUCAUCGUUGUUGAUCAGUCUUACGACGUAAUCAACAUAUUUCAGACGUGGUCGUCCACGUUUGCGUUUUCCAUGACCGUUUUUUGGAGAAUACAGAGCAUACAUGUUGAUAAAUUCAUUUGGAUUCCUACGGAGACAAUGUCCAAUGUAGCGUAGUUGUCGACGUUGUAUUGUAUGUAUUAAUGGUUCUUGUUUUAUCUUUUCAUAUAUUGCAGUGUUUGUUAUUGUAUCUGGGCGUUUGAUAUUACGCAUGAUACGAUAGCAACUAGUAGCGAAGCUGUUCAAGAUAUUUUUGAGUGUUUUAGUAAUGAUCUAGCUAGAUUUCCAUAUAUUUUUCAUUUUCUAAAAAGCUUUUCAAGCUAGUUGUUUUCGCAUCUUGAUGUCUGUAAUACUUGAUAACAUCAGUGAGCCAAGGUAUUUGAAAUUGUCUACCAAUUGAAUAUUCUGUCCAUCAAGUUGUAUUGAUCUUUUGUUUGUGUUUUGAUUAUUUCAUAAUUGAGUUUUCUUGAUAUUGACUUGUAGGUCUACUUUACUAGCCCAUUCAGCACUUGUAGUAAGUUGCGUUCGAUUAGAGCUAUGUCGUCUGCAAAAUCCAGAUCAUUUAUCAUUGUUGCUGAUUGCCGACUUGAUUGUCGCAAGUUGGUUAUGAAACCAUCUUCGCCUCUCUCGUUUGUGUGGUUUAAUUCUGCAUUUUUCAUAAUAUAGCCCAUGACGAUGAUAAACAGAAAAGGGGCUGAUGUAUCACCUUGUAAAACACCAGUUGUUACCUCAAAUUCUUCUGAAGAUGAUCAUCGACAAAGAACUACGCUUUGAGCAUUGUAAUAAAUAGCUUGAAUAGCAUUGAUCAUUUUUGCUGGUAUGCCAUUGUGUCGUAGUAUGUCGCACAAAGUUUGUCUAUUGACAGAGUCGAAGGCUUAUUUGAAAUCGAUAAAUGUAAUAUAGAUUGGUACGUGUUUAUCAACGGCGCCUUCUAGAAGUCUUCUCAGAACAUGUAUUUGAUCGAUACGGUUCCUUCCUUUCCUGAAUCCUGUUUGGUUUGUUCGAAGAUUGGAAUCUAUUAGUUCACGUAUGCGGUUCAACAGAAUUAUAUUGUACAUCAUGGCCGCUACUGAAAUAAGACUCAUACCUCAGUAGUUUAUCAUCAGAGUCUUAUCACCUUUUUUUAGUAUUAGAAUAAUGAUGUUGGUGUUGAAUUGUUUUUGGUGAUCUUCUGUCCGAUUUUGUCCGACGUAAUUUGUUGUGGAACUUGUGAGUCAAGUUUAGUGACUUUUCCCAUUUGAUACACGUGGGUUCAAUGAUGGACUAGUGACAGCCGAGUACUGAUGAUAAUAUUCGAGUAGUGGAACGCAGUUUGUCUUCUACUAGGGCUUGUAAUCGCUCCAUAGCAUACUCGAAAGAGGUCGUCCGGAUCUGGAUUGAACUUCCAGCAAUAUGUCGCGUUCUCGAAAUUUUUUGAAAUAGAGAAGAUAUAUGCGUUCAACAAUUAUAUCUUCUCACAGGCUACACAAAUAUUGUGGACAGUAACGCUAACACUGUUACUGAGUUGAAACUCAUACAAAAUACAAUGCUA